AUGGCUAUCUUAAGUCGAAGUGCCGGUAGCUUUGGCUGCCCUAUACCAGAUCAUCUUGAGCAACAUGAUGUUGGCCCCAUAGUGGGAAAUCUCACCUUUUACCAAUUUAACAUGAUCGUAUCCGGCGUUUGUACUGCGAUCGUGUUAUUCCUGAUCUUGGGGCUGAUGGGACGACAUGCGAUGUGGUUCACCGAGGUGCUCCAGGGCGUGGCGCUAUACGCCUUUCUUAUGCUACUCUGCGAUUACAUGGCCCCUGAUGAUACGAGCAAAGUCAAGUUCUUUUCUUCUCUUGAGACGAAAAGACAGUGGCAGCCGAAGAAGAAAAGGAACGGUCUUGCAUUCCUGAGUGUAAGUCUUUUGUUCACAGGAUAUGAUAUAAUAACCAUUGCUGACCGGUUAUCUGACUCGAAGUUGACUUGGUACUCGGUGCUUCAUUAUCCAGUAAUCACCUGGAUUACCGCUGUCACCCAAGUGGUGACCCAGUCAUUACAUGUCUACUGCCUCGAGAGUAAUGCACCUCAUUUCGCUCAUGUAUGGAUCGAAGUGAUUACCUCGCUGUCAACCUCAGUAGCCCUCAACGCCAUCAUCCAAUUCUACAUGAACAUGAAAGGAUACAUGACAGAGCACAAGCCACUGCUCAAGCUGAUGGCUUUCAAAUUGAUCGUUGGAUUGAUCUUUCUAGAGAAGAUCCUCUUCCUCAUCCUCACCGGAACAAAAGUCCUCAGAUACCCUGCCUCAAUGACCUACAUAGACACCUUGAUGGGCCUUCCGACCAUGCUCAUCUGCCUGCAGAUGGUGCCGCUCUCCUUCCUGGUCCUCCACGCCUACCGCACAAAGCCGUACGAGAUCCCGAACUCAGUACGCGGCUUGCGACCCCAAGCAUACCAGGCUCUCGAGUCUGACGGCAACGAGGAGACUUUGUUGAGCGGCAUUCCGAAACAUUAUCAGGGCGGACCUUGGGGAUUGCGUGCCUGGACUAUUUACUUGAACCCGCUUGUGCUGUUCCAGGAUGUCCAUUCAGCUUAUCUCAUGAUACAUAAUGCGCGGGCUUUGCAGAAGGUUCAAGAGAGGGAAGAACAGGAGCAGGAGGAGAUGACGAGAUAUGAGACGAGAUAUGACCCUGGGGAGAGGAGGUGGGGAGCUUGGCUUGGCAAUUCACGUUCAUGGUUCAGGGCAGCGUGUGGGAAAUGUAGCAGACUGGGGGAGAGGGUUGUAGUGAUGGGAUGGUGUGAUCGUCAGGUGCGCUGGCAAUAG